AUGGCCCUCGGCACCCCCUACACCAUCCCACCACCACCCCCGGCCUACGAACCCUACAUUCCCUUACUUAACGUCUGCAACCUCAUCUCAGGCCUAUGCUGGGUAGCCUGCUACCUCGGACAGGCCCGUCAUUCCAUGACCCACCAGACAUACAUCAUGCCUUUCUUCGCACAGGCCUCCAACCUGGCCUGGGAAUUCGUCUACGGCGGCCUAAUCUACCCCUCUCCACUCGCGAUCGAGCGCCUCGUCUUCCUCUCCGGAUUCGCCACAAACACUAUCCUCCAGUACACGGCGAUCCGGUACGGCCGAGCUGAGUGGGCUCAUGCGCCGCUGGUUGCCAGGAACCUGGGAACGUUGUACACCGUGACGAUUGCGGUAUUUGUCUUGGGGAACCUGGCUGCUGCGCAGCAGUUCGGCCCGCAUAUUGCAAAUUACUAUAUUGCGAUUCUCGCGCAGCUGAUAAUCAGUGUGGGAAGCUUGGCGCAGCUAUUGAAUCGGGGUGCGACGAGAGGGUUUUCGUUGUGGUUGUGGACUUUCCGCCAUAUCGGAUCAAUCAUCGCAGCGCCUUGCUUCUACAUCCGCGCUGUGUACUGGCCCGAGGCUUUUGGGUACCUGAUGGACCCCGUUAUGCUUUGGAUGGGAGGCAUAUCGUACCUAGCUGAGUUGGCUUAUGGGGUGUUGUUUUGGCAGAUUCAAAGAGAGGAGGCGGAGAGAGAGAGGCGCAAGACUAAGUAG